AUGCGGGGUAAAGAAGCCGCUAAUUCACCUGGUUUCUCCUUGGGGAUACUUGCAGCCCGGGCUGGAGUGGCGUUUGCCUCCUAUGUGGGCAUGGAGUCCAUCCUGAAUGGCAGCUUCUUCCAUGGCCAAAGGGCCACCUCUGUCUGGCGAGUUCGGAUAAAUUCCAGGGUGGUGAGUGCCUUCCUGACCAGCCAGGCCAAGACCGAUUUCCUGGAUCUGGUAAACUACACCUUCCAGACCAUCAUGCCAAGCAGCAGCCCCGACAAGCUCAUCUGCGUCUCGUGGGAGGCCACGGACCGGCGUGGCAGCUGGUCUCGGGCAGGGUGCAGGGUUGUGCGUAGCAACGCCACUCACACCACGUGCAGCUGCAAUCACGUCUCCAACCUGGCCAUCCUCAUGGCAUCGGGGGAGAUAACGGCAGGCUUCCCACUGUUCCUCAUCUCCCACGUCGGGCUGGCCCUCUCCCUGCUGUGCCUCUUCCUCCCCAUCCUCACCUUCCUCCUGUGCCGCUCCAUCCGCAACGUGAACACCUCCAUCCACCUGCAGGUCUGCCUCUGCCUCUUCCUGGCCGACCUGCUCUUCCUCACCGUGGUGGACAGCCCCAGCCACCAGCUGGCCUGCGCCAUCAUUGCUGGCCUCCUGCACUACCUUUUCUUGGCCUGCUUCGCCUGGAUGUUCCUGGAGGCCGUGAUGCUCUUCCUCACCGUCCGCAACCUUGGGGUCGUCAACUACUUCAGCACCCACAGCCCCAAGAUGCGGCACCUGAGCCUCUUCGGCUACGGCUUCCCCGCCCUGGUGGUGGCCGUCUCGGCGGCGGUUAUGCCGGAGGGCUACGGCAGCCAGGAAAAAACACAGAUUAAUUCCGUCCUUUUUGCCUUAACCCUCUGGAUGCUGCAGUGAAAGCUUUCCAGCCUCAACACUGAAGUGUCCACCCUUAAGGACACCAGGCUACUGACCUUUAAAGCCAUCGCCCAAGUCUUCAUUCUGGGCUGCACUUGGAUUUUCGGUCUCCUCCAAAUCGGCCCAGCCGCCACGGUCAUGGCGUAUUUAUUCACCGUUGUCAACAGCCUGCAGGGAGCCUUCAUCUUCCUGGUGCACUGUCUCCUCAAUCGCCAGGUGCGGGAGGAGUACAAGAGACGGUUCACCUGCAAACCCAAGUCCUAUGUUUCCGAUGUCUCCAUGUCUACUUUAGCCACCAGCAGCAAAGCGGGCUGACGUUCUGGCCGGGAGGCAGGAGACGCCAUCGCGCCACAGGAGAAGGAAAAGCUUAUCGCAGAACUUGAAUCUGCCGUCUUUAAAGUGCUUGCAGGAUCAGAACUUCGAAACCAACCUGCCAGCUGGAGUGU